CUCCAUCCAUUUGUAGCAAUCGCCCGGGGGAACGUUACAUCAAAACUAAUCAUAACGAUUAAAAUCAGCUUCUCUGCGAGAGGGAGGCAAUAGGCAAGUUGGAGGCAGGAAGAGUGAGGGUGUUGUAAAUGCAGAAAAAAAAAAAAAAUCUUUAUUUGAUUUUAUAAAAACAUAAACUCAACAAGGACUAAGGCACUGCUGCUGUGAUCUCUUCCUUUGCUGGGAGUUUUAUUCUGCAGAUUGGUUUAGACUGGGGCAGAGACAUGAGCUAAUUGUAUCCUGAUCUUUGCCUUGAGGGGUUUCGGAGCCCUGGAGCAAGUAUUCUCUGUAUUUUGUUCUGUCUACCUUAGCCAAGCUAUUGCAUUUCUCACUGGUGUAGGAAGAGAAGCAGAUCGUGGGCCAAAUCGGAGGGAAAAGGUGCAUAAAUAGAUACUUUAUGCCGCUCUAUGUUUCAGGAUCAUCGCUCCAGCAUGUCCAGGCCCAUGAUCACACGGUCACCGGUGUCUCCCUUGAGCAACCAGGGCAUCCCAGCACCUGCACAGCUCACCAAGUCCAACGCCCCUGUGCACAUUGAUGUGGGCGGACACAUGUACACCAGCAGUCUGGCCACCUUAACAAAAUUCCCAGAAUCCCGAAUUGGUCGUCUCUUUGAUGGCACAGAGCCUAUAGUCCUGGACAGCCUGAAGCAGCACUACUUCAUUGACAGGGAUGGACACAUGUUCCGCUACAUCCUCAACUUCCUCAGGACGUCCAAGCUUCUCAUCCCAGAAGACUUCAAAGACUACAGUCUGCUGUAUGAGGAGGCGCGGUACUUCCAGCUUCAGCCAAUGCUUGCUGAGCUGGAGCGCUGGCGUCAGGACCAGGAGCUGGGCCGGGUGUCACGCCCCUGCGAGUGCUUGGUGGUGCGCGUUGCACCUGACCUGGGCGAGAGGAUCGCGCUCAGCGGUGACAAGGCCCUGAUUGAAGACGUGUUUCCAGAAAUCGGUGAUGUCAUGUGCAACUCUGUCAAUGCCGGCUGGAACCAUGACUCCACGCACGUCAUCCGCUUCCCACUUAAUGGAUACUGCCACCUCAACUCUGUCCAGGUUCUAGAGCGCCUGCAACAACGUGGCUUCGAGAUCGCCGGCUCCUGUGGUGGAGGCGUGGACUCAUCCCAAUUCAGCGAGUACGUCCUGAGGAGGGAACUGAGGAGGACGAGUCAGCGAGGAUCCAAUUCAAACAGGAUAAAGCAGGAGCAGCUGGACUAGAAACUUCCCGAGCAGCAGGAGGUGCUAGACUUUACUGUGGCGUCCAAACGCUCAAUGCUGCAGAGCUCUGUGGACUCUGUUUUUCUCCGUUUUCCUUGUUAAUGUUUUUGUUUUCUUAAACUUGAGAACCAUCUAGAGAAUAAAUAUGAGGUGCAACAGGAGAUUUUUUUGCCAUAAGAAGAUACAAGACAUUUGAGAUUGCACGGACAUUUGUGAAUGUCUAGCCCCCAUAAACCAAUUUAAAAAGGAUUUAUAUACGCUGGAUCCCCAAACAAAGUUUGUUUUAAAACUUGGAGCCUACAUUAGGUUGACUAUGAUUUCUAUUAUACCCAUAUAAAUUUAAAGGAAGGCUUUUAUUGCUUACGUAGUAUCUUGCAUAGCUUGUCACCAGUGACUUGAUUUUGAUGUCUCACUGGCAAAUUGGCAAAGUCUGUUUUUAUCCCUCGCUGUAAAAAGGUCACUAAUGUGUUGCUUACAGUACAGAAUGUCUCAGUUGUCAUAAACCGUUAGUUUCAACAAAGCAUCUUUUUUUCACAACUAACAUGAUGUUGAAUAUUAUGAUACCAAUGAAGUGUUUUUUUUUACUUUAAUGAAAGUUAUUUUAUUGGAUUAUGCCAUGAAAUAUAGUUGACAUUAGUAUCAUCAAAAUAAGACCCAUCAAAACGCAGUACAGAAAAUAAUUCAGUAAAUUAUUAUGUCACACCAUUUGCCUCAUUGCGUAGUAUGAACUACUAACCCCCAUGUGCUAACUUGGGAAUUAUUUAAUUGGAUCAUAAUAUUCCCCUGAGUCAUGACCUGUAAAUUCCUUUCAUUGUAUAUGUGUUUGUGUUUUUUACAUUGAAUCUUUUUAAAGCGAUUUGUUGCCUCUAACAUGACUGAACAGAUUAAAGCUUAACGUACAACUGACUCCAAGAUCACUUUUACUUGUAGCACAUAUUGAUAUGAAGUUGGAUAUAUAGUAUUUCUAAGAUGACUGACCCACCUACGCUCCCUAGAUUUGAGUAAAGAGGAAUGUAGCACAAAAUGUGAAAUAAAUCUCAACUUAAGUUGU